GGCAGAAGGCAGAAAGAGCAAGGAGUCAAUAGACUCUGUUCGCCCCUUCGUCAUCAGCCAACCAGCGACCAGCAUUCAGCAGUCAGCAGCCGAGAACAAACUGGUUCCAGCCACAAUUCGAGCUUCGGUUAUCAGCAUCGAGUCAGCACUCAGCAAGGACGCUGCUGCUCAGUUUUUGACGGCCAUCCGCCAACCCAGCCGCUAAUCCACUGUCAACUCUUCCUUCCAUCAUGACGUUCCACGCCCAGGUUUGGGCGACAGUUCUGCUAGCAACGCUUGCAUCAGUGAGCUGCAGACCUGAGCAAAUGCCAAACUCGAGACCAGAGGAGCCAGUCCUGGCUUUGAGAAGCGGAGAGAUACAAGCGCUGCCUGAAGAGGAAGCAGUCAGGAAUUCCAGGGCAUAUACUCGCGAAGGAAAUGAUGCACUAUCAACAGAAACAGACGAAGACAUCAGUAGUACAACAGACAAUUUGAACGUAGAAACUGAAAGAAUUAUGACAACAGAGAUAGCAUCCCAUAUUGGUACUGAAGAGAAGUUCUCCACGUCAAAUACUGGAGUUGAAAAUACAAAGGAGGCAAUGAGAACAUUAUUGAAUCGUAUUUCAAGGAUAGAUCACUCAAUUGAAAUGGAAGAUUCGAAGCAAGGAAUGCAGCGUCAUCACAUACCACGAGUAAUUCAGUUGGACAACACUCAUCUGGGCAUAGAGGGCCGAACAUCGAACAAGUUCCAAGAAAUGGAUAAUCGUGAUGAAAUGACACAAAUCCAGGCUGAUGACAUAUCCAAGAUCAGAGGUAUUCUCAAAAUUUCCAACUCAGAUGAUGAAACAAAGAAUGAGGGAGGUAGUAUCCUGAUUAUGCCUGGAGAAAAUAAUGAAAAAAGUACCGUGGAUGAAACUAAGAUGGUUGAUGAUGACUCUACAAAGACCUCAAACAAAAUUCCCAGCAUUGGACAGAUGUCUAUUCUCAUGAAUGGGCAAGAGAGACCAACAAAUUAUGCAGAUCAAUAUAAUUUAGAUAACAGUGCAAUGCAACAAUUACUGUUCAACCCAACAUUGAAAGAUAUUUUCAAGUACAAUCCAGCAUUUGAUUACUUGAGUAAAGUAGCAGACAGUCAAUAUUCAGCACCUAACUUCAAUACAAUGAGUAAACUGAACUAUGAUGAUAGUAGUGAUAGCAAUCAUAAGACUCAAGAACCUGUGAUAAGAAGGAAAAUCCAGUACCAUCAAAUGGUUUUCCAGCCCAAUCCUUCUUCUUCUAUGAUGAAUCCCAUGUUCAUGAGACAACAUCAGGGUGGGUUCCCACAGUCAUCAGUAAUCAGCUAUUACCCUGGUCUAGAUUACAGCACAAUAAUCAACGGGAAUCAGAGGUUUGGAGCAGUCUCACAAACUAAUAGACCAAUAAUCACUGAUUACCCCCAGCAUCAACAAACACUCCAAAGCAAUGUUCUACAUAUCCCUUCAAUGUCUAACCUCCAAACGUCACCAGUUAACAGAAUGCAACAGAUGAGGAAUAAUGUACCACAAAGGGCUUAUGAUGAUUAUUUCCCAGUGAUCAUACACAACCCGUUCAACAUGAUGUGGUCAGCUUUCACGAAUAUAAUCGAGUACGGUCCUGAGGCAGAUGUUUGCAGAGCCGCGCCUAAAGUCGCGAGGAAGGGGAAAACAAUUGUAGGAGCCAGCAUCGAUCAAGACAACAUCGAUCUGAACAGCCAGCUGAGGUUUGAGAUUCCAAAACGAUCUGAAACACUAAACAUUGGAGGGAAAUCAGCUAUGGGAACCAGCAUAGACGAAGACAACAUAGAUCUGAACAGCGAGUUGAGGUUUGAGAUUCCGAAACGAUUCGGAGGACCUCCUCCGUUUAUCAGGAGGAUGAAGGUGAGGAGAGGAGGGGUGGCGAUUGCAGGACCCGGAGGUAUUGCCACGGCAGGGUCGGGGGGAACUGCCAUUGUGGGUCCGGGGGGCACGGCCUACACCAAAGAGGACGGAACCGCCAUUGUGGGUCCUGGAGGCAGACUGGUCCAUGUACCAGAGUUUCCUCCUAUGAAUUUCUUCAAUCAGCCAAUUGGCGAAGGGAGAACUUUCCAAGACCCUCCAGGAUCCAAGCUUAUCGCCAUGGGGCCUGUCAUCUACUACAAUCCGCGUAGUGCAACUGAACAUGGAACACCAACAGCCAAGAACACAGUCUACAGAAUGCAAUACUGGAUGUUCCACACACCAACAAGACCCGUGAUGUACAUCCCAGAAUACAAUGCCGUUCUCAUACCAGCCGGAGCCAGAGGAAGUGGCAGACCACAGAACAUGAUGCUGAAACCAGCACAACCACCACGCAGAAGAAGGCCAUUGGUAGACUUGAUCAGAUAUAUGCAAGGAAAAACAUCAGGAGAAGUGGAUGAUGAAGGAUACAUGAGAUUCGCCACUCAAGAAGUAACAGGAAUGAACCAGAAAGAACACGAUGAACUUCUUGAUAAAAUGAGACAAUUAGUCAGCAUGGGAGUUGUGGAUAGUAUCCAGAUCAUCAACCGACCAGAUAAUGACCUUGAAAACAUCAAGGAAGUUACAAACGAGAAGGAGAGUAUGAAAAUCAGUGCGAAUCAAGAAAAAGUGAAGAUUGAAAACAAAGACAAAACUACAAACAGCUCCAAGGACGCAUUUGUCCACCAAAAUGAUAAACAACGAUCCAACCCAAUCCAUUCCCAAUUGUUUCAGAGGGAAACAAAGUAUCCAGCUGAUCAUUCCCGCGGUUACCAUUUCUCUUACAAGUAUGUGAUUCCACACAACCAUCACAAUGUUGCCCAAGUAUCAGUCCAACAGAGAUCUUCACCACCACAGAGACAGCCGUUCUUUGGCACAAUUCCAACCCAAGUGCCCCAUCUACACUUUGUUCCAGAAAAUAAACAGGUUCCUCUGCCACGAGUGAUUGAGAGGAAAACUUCUGUGCCUUUGCAAAUGAUCAGUUUGAGGAAGGAGGUAGAACAUGAGAAGGAGGACGUAAAACCACCAAAAGAGGCACAAAUAAAACCAGCUGUAACCAAUGCUACUCAAAACUCUACAUCUGGCAUAACUCAAGCAAUACCUAUUGUGAAGCCUAUAACCAACUAUCACUCUCCAAGGCCUGAGAUUCAACAAGCAAUCAAGUUCGACAAGAUCCCACAGAAACCAGCUGCACCAAAACCAGUCCCCAGAGAGGAAACAUUGGAAAGAAAAGACGAGCAGAAGGAUCUGCUGCAAAGUAUUGGUCUGCAACAAGAGGAAAAGAAAGAAGAAGGCCAGCAAGAGAAGAGAGUGUCGGUAAAGUUUGAUAAUAAGAAUGGAGGUGUAUCAGAAAUCAAAGUCAACACCAAAGUGAAGUCAUCAUCGUCAGUUGAAACCGACUUGAAUCCCAAGGAUGGCAUCAUGGGAUCGCUUCAGGAUGUGCCUCUGGUUCAAGUGCAAACUCACACCAGGAAGCAGACUGUCAACAUCAUGGAUGGAGGGUUUGAUAAGCGGACUGCAGAUGCAAUGAAAAUCGGCUUCCUGAUGGGGUCUGCUCAGGGGGAUAAGGACGCUGAUAUGUUCCCUGUGGAUGAAGAAGGAGCAAGUCCUAGGGUGUAUCUUCGGGAAGCACCGCUUCCUGAGGAAACUUCGAAUGAGAUGGUGGUUGUUACUGGCAAGAAGCCGUCGGAGUUGAUCUUGAGUCCAGUGGCAAGGGCUGUGGCAGGUCCCAGAGGAGUGGCUAUUGCUGCACCGGUUGCAAAGGCCUAUGUGAGGGGCGGAGAAGAAGUGAUGUUGCAAUUCGACCCAGACUCUGUGGCAAUAGCUGGUCCUGGAGGUCGAGCUCACUCUCAUCCCAGGCUCAUUGUCACUUACAUGGAGGAUAAACCUAAAAUGUGGGAUGCUGAUCAUAUUUUGAGAGUGGAGCACCGUGCCCUGCAGGAAGUGAGAACGCUGGAAUAUUACGGCGGUGCCAAGGGCCAAUACCUGAUCAUCCACCCAUCGGGACAGAUGUUCGUCUCGCGCAUCAACAUCGACCGCAAAGAGGAGGAGGGCGGCGAGGACGAGGACGUGGGCAUGGAGGAAGGCGGCUUGGAAGGAGGCAGCAGCGGAGGCGGUAGCGACAGUGUGACCAUCAAGCCGCCCCCGGACAAUGCGAGUAUCGCCGAAGCGAAACCGGUCGCACUGGCGAUUGCAGGUGUGGGAGGAGUUGCUAGCUCUCGACCGACGGCGACCGCAGUGGUAGGGCCAGGAGGACUCGCCAUCGCCCGCCCUGUCGCCACCUCCAUCGCUGGCGUCGGAGGCAGUGGAAGUCCUCCCAUUGUCAUCUCACCGGCCCAUGGAGGACUGCAGCCGCCUCCACCGCCUCCCAGUGCGGGGGCUUACCUCAACUCCAUCGAACCUCACCCAUCCUUCUUCUACAAUACCUUCGAGCCUCAGCCUGACUUCCACUACCCCCACCCCCACCCACACCACGUUCUGCACCCCCAGCAGCCGCUGUUCGUCUACCCCUACGGAUACCUCAACGCCCCCAUUCCUCAAGUCAAGUGAUCUAGCGUGAUUUAUAAUUGGAUAAUUUUAAAAUAAAUCUUGUUUCAAUCUUC